AUCGACGUCGCUCGGCAUCCUGUACGCCGUGGACGUUUAACGAUUUUUUUCAGUCUCUGAAAUCCUUCUCUUCAUCGGCUGUUCCUUCGAUUUAGACUCCAGACCCUCAUUAGAUGUCUCAGAUCCUAGAGAAAGACAUUCCAAUGGCAGCCCCAACUCCCCGCAAAUUCGAACCUAUUGUCAGCCCCCUUACCCCUCCCCAAUCUCCCCCACCUGAGAAGCGCGCCGAUGAGCGAUUCGUCGAGCCAGCUGACCUCCAUAUUCCCGACAACUACGUCCAACACACCAUUGCUACCGUUCCGCCGCUUCCCCCAAUCCAAUUCAAGAAUAUCUUGAAAGAAAUCCAAUGGAUCAGCACUCUGGCCCUUACAAUUACCCCACUGCUUUCUCUCUACGGUGCGCUUACUACCACGCUCAGAUGGCAGACUUUUGUGUUCUCUGUGUUUUGGUAUUUCGUCACUGGAUUGGGCAUUACUGCCGGAUAUCACCGUCUCUGGGCCCAUCGCGCCUAUAAUGCCUCGAAGCCUCUAGAAUACUUCCUCGCCUUCGCAGGCGCUGGUGCUGUCCAGGGUUCCAUUAAAUGGUGGUCCCGCGGACAUCGUGCUCAUCAUCGUUAUACAGAUAGCGAUCUUGACCCUUAUGGUGCUCAGCACGGUCUUCUCUGGUCCCAUAUUGGUUGGAUGGUCUUUAAGCCUCGUCGGAAACCCGGUGUUGCCGAUGUAAGCGACUUGUCCAACAACCCUGUUGUUCGCUUCCAACACCGCUGGUACGUCGAGUUACUGCUUACCGUGUCAUUCAUCAUCCCUACCGUAAUCCCUGGGGUGUGCUGGGGUGAUUUCCGUGGAGGAUUCUUUUAUGCGGGGGCUGCCCGUUUGCUCUUUGUCCACCACUCGACGUUCUGCGUGAAUUCUCUUGCUCAUUGGCUCGGCGAAACGCCUUUCGAUGACAAGCACACUCCUCGUGAUCACAUGCUUACCGCACUGGUCACGAUCGGCGAGGGCUACCAUAACUUCCAUCAUGAAUUCCCCAUGGAUUACCGCAAUGCGAUCAAAUGGUAUCAGUAUGAUCCUACCAAGUGGUUCAUUGCAAUUCUGGCGAAACUUGGUCUCGCAUCGCAUCUCAAGGUCUUUCCUGAGAACGAGGUAGCGAAGGGUCAGCUCACGAUGAAGCUGAAGAAGCUUCACGCAGAACAAGAUCGUCUUACAUGGCCAACAGAUUCAGAAGAUAUGCCCGUCGUCAGCUGGGAGGCGUUCCAGGAGCAAAGCCGAGAACGUCCUUUGAUUCUCGUCAGUGGAUUCAUCCACGACGUUUCCGCUUUCUUGGAUGAACACCCUGGUGGACGACACUUGUUAGCGAAGAACAUCGGGAAGGAUGCAACAACAGCUUUCCAUGGUGGUGUUUACGAUCACUCGAAUGCGGCGCACAACUUGCUUGCUAUGAUGCGCGUUGGCGUUCUUUAUGGUGGACUCGAGCAGGAAUCGGAAAAGGCUAUUCCACCAUCCCAGAAACUUCGAAUCCUCAGGGCCGCAGAAUUGCGUGCCAUUCAAAACUCGCUCCCCCCAACUGGAGCGUCCCCGUCUGGGCAUUCUUAUGCUUCGAGUGCGAAGCCCGUUAGCUUGGGAUUCAAAAAUGAUAAUGCCCUUUCAUCGUGACUCCGUUGAUUGGGUUCCACUUGGUUUUUGUUACUUGCUUUGUUAUUUCCCCUUGCUCCCGCCGACAUGUAGAAGUUGCCCUCUCAGUACCAGGACCCGUGUCCUUCAUGUAACUUUUCCCUUCAGUGACUCUGUCAUUAUCAUGUGUACAUUCUCUUGCAUCAAUAAUACGACUACAAGUGCGGUGCCAUUCGCAUACC